ACUUGGUCUUGUUAAUGCUCGCACUAGAAACCAAUUUUUCUGCCACCCAGCCAUCAAAAUGAAGAAAAAGCACUCGCUUCAAGUCGUUUCGUAAUUUGUAGCCUCGUCGUGUGUGCGAUUACAAGGCCAAAAUUGACUAUGAUCGAGUAAGUAGCUCAUCAAGAACAUCCACAUCAGAAGUAUCUCCAAAAAAUGGAUUGGGUGAUUUCAACUUGUCGGUUCCGCGAACCGGAUGGACCAUGCUUUCGGUGUCUCCAUUUCGACGUGGUAGCGCAACCUGAAGUAGAUUCUGGACCUCCUGGGAGAUCUUCUUCAUCCGCUCUGGCAAGUCCAGCUCCAGCGGGGAUAGAAACUCAUUCUCGCGACGCCUUACCUCCAUGUCGCUUCGACAUAGCCGAGUUCGAAAGGACCGUGGAAAAACAUAGGAGAUGCUAUGCGCAACUAUUGGAGCAGAAGAGGAAGCGCGAAGAAGCAGAAGUUUUGCGAGCAGCACGAUUGAAGGAACAAGAAGAAAGAGAGGCGCAAGGUCGUGAUGUCGAAGGUGGAAAUAGUGUUCUUACUGGUGCGACGGGACACGACGAGCAGCAAGAGGACUCGUCUGAUGAAGUAGACGAAGACCCUUCUGUCAGUGUGAUUCUGGACAACGAAUAUUACGAAUUUGCAUCUUCAUCGAUGGAAUCGCAGACAACAGUUGCAAAAGCACCAAAGAAGAAAGCGACGAGUGUAUCCUCACUUGCCUCUUCGAAUAAGAGCAAGCCGUCGUCUCGCAGAAAUCAAAAGUCCUCCCCCUCAACCUUAGGACCUAAAAAAGUACGCACUUCCACCGUGCUGGAGUGUCUACAUGAUGUUUUUGGACGACAUGACGAUUAUCAAGAAGAUGUUGAUGGUUGUUAUGAGCAGGAGCCAGACAUGAAGAAACUCGAAGAGGACCAAACAACUGAAGACUCCCCCUUGACUUCGACAACGACAGCUAGUUCCCCUUCUUCAGCGAGGCUCAGAAGUACUGCAACUUCUUCAUCAACAUAUAAGCAAGAAGAAGAAGCCUAUCAUGCCUACAACGACCUCCUCGACUCACCACAAGCACCUCUGGAACUCGAAACUGCUCUUGAACAGAUCGAAGGAGAGAUCGGAGCAGUUCUCUGGCGCGAUGCUUGCGAUCAUUUCUUAGAUUUUUUGGCGAAGUUCUUACCUUCCUGGCAUGGUCGUUCUGCGAUUGAACUCGGAGCUGGGUCAGGUUACAUCGGUUUCGCGUUAGCGGCGGAUGGGGCGAGCGACGUCUGCGUUACCGACUUGGAAAUGAUUACCCCACAGCUGAAAAUAGGCGAAUACUUGAACCUGAUGUGGGACGGAAGGUUCUUUACGACGACGAAUUCGUCGAAUACGAAUGGGAAGAUGAACAAGGCUCGUCCCGCUCAACCAGUAUCUUCAGCCCAAAGCAGUUUAACUACAUCUACAACAAUCAGACAGACCAACAUCCGUGCUUGUCCUUGCGACUGGGUUCUAGAACAAGUUCCUUCAGGGACAUUCGAAUUCGUCAUAUGUUGCGAAGUCCUCUACGCAGGACGCGACGUCUGGCCAGGAUUGAAAGCGACCCUCAAGAAACUAGCCAAGCAAUCGGAGGGCACUUUUAUCGCCGUCUUACUUGCGGUGAAUCUGCGGGUCGGUCGCACUGACAUCGAUGCCUUUUUGGAGCUGUUGGGAGAUGAUGUGUUUCCUUGUGUGAAACGACUUUCAACUUUUGGAGGAACUCAAGCUUCUUCAAACGUGCACAGCGAAUCUGCAUCUUCUGCCAGCAAAUCCCUCACCGACUUUGGUGUUGAAAUAUACAGUUUCUCGCACAGACCCAUUGAGCUAGAUGAAAAUGGACGUUUCAUCGAAUGACGACUUCAUGUUCAUGAUCUAUGUAGUAUACUGAUGUUAUGCAACUUGCCCUUUUUAGUACUUCCCUUUUGGGUACGACCCUUCAAAUUCAAUUUUCGUCUUCAGCGAUGAUCGUCAAACACUCACUUUUGAUUGUUGGGUAGACUUCUCUACUCCUAGCGGCGAGGCUGG